AUGACACCCAAACCAGCCCGCAAAAGUACAGCUGACCCCAAGGAAAGAAAGCUGGACGGAAAGAAAGCCAUGAAGGCACGAGCGAGUACUACUCGCAAGCAACCCACCAGAGGCGCAAAAAGCAAGACGAAGAAGCCCGCCUCAAAAGCUUCUCAGAUGAAAACGCCGACAAAAAAGAACUUGAAGACCAAAGCGAAUGUGAAGAAAAAAGAAGAAGACUCCCCUCAACCAAAUCCAGUUCCUGCUACCACGACUGAAGAACUACCUCACAAUCUGGGAAAUCUUACUCCAAUCACCAAUUCACCGCAACCUCCAAAUACACUGGCAGAUGGCAAUGAGCCUACUUCUGUCGCAACGGGCUUGGAUGAACCAUCUCACAAUCUACACCUCACCCCAGAACUCACCCCUACCACUGGCACUUCACCACAAACCCCAGCUUCGCAAACCCCAAAGCCCAAGCCCGAGAAAAACCGACCAAAAUACAAAAUAACCCCAGGAAAAACCCCCUUCCCCUCCUGGCCCGCUCCAACACCAACCCAAUGCGAAGAACUAAACCAACUCCUCUCCUACGCCCACGGCGAACCAAUAGCCCCAAAAACAAUUCCACGACCCUCAAUCGAAUUCGCCGGCUGCGGCGAAGUCCCCUGCGUCCUAGACGCACUGAUCAGAACUCUCCUCAGCGCCGCGACGCAGGGAAGCAAUUCCGCCAUGUCCUACAAAGCUCUCGCGUCGAGAUUUGGAGUCCUGGAAGAUGGGGUUGGGAAAGGGGGUGUUAAUUGGGAUGCUGUGAGAUUGGCGCCGCUGAGGGAGGUCUUUGAAACGAUUCAGCGGGGUGGGUUGGCGGAUGUUAAGAGUAAGAAUUUGAAGGGGAUUCUUGAUUUGGUUUAUGAGGAGAAUAGGGUUCGAUUUGAGGGGUUGAGGGGUGAGGAGAGACAGGGAGGGAAAAAUGAGGAGGAUUCGAAUGAUAUUGCCACUUUGAUUGAACCCGAAGCCAAAACCGAAAUGCAGAAGUCCAAGUCCAAGUCAGACAAAGAAAAAGACAAAGACAGAGAAUACGACCUCGCCUGUGCCGAACAAAACUUCCUAACCCUCAACCACCUCCACAAUCUCCCCACUACAGAAGCAAUGGAAGAACUAAUCAAAUACCCGGGCAUCGGUGUAAAAACCGCCGCCUGCGUUCUCCUCUUCUGUCUCCAACGACCCUGCUUCGCGGUAGAUACGCACAUCUUUCGAAUCACCAAGUGGCUUGGUUGGGUUCCCGCAGACCUUGCGACGGAGGUUACUGCAUUCAGUCAUUUGGAUGCGCGGAUCCCGGAUCAUUUGAAGUACUCCCUGCACCAUUUACUUAUCAAACAUGGGAAGUUAUGUCCCCAUGCCGGGCGGUCACGGGGGUGA